AUGGGUCUCGCUGGUGGUGUAGGAUCAGUGAGGUAUGCAGCGCGUUAUGUCGAGGCCGCGGUUCUUAUUUGCAGGCUUCUCAAUGUGCUGCCACAAGUUCAGGCCACAGAUCUCCUGGUUCUUAUUUGUACUAGGCUCCUCAAUGCGCUGCCAAGUUCAGGUGCGCUGGAGAAGCCCGUGAGCGCUCCGUUCAUGGUGCCAAUAGGUGCGCUGGAGAAGCUCAUGAGCACUCCGUUCAUGAUUCACCGGGUACCAACGUGCUCCGUUCAUGGUUACAGGCGCGCUGGAGAAGCUCAUGAGUGCUCCGUUCAUGAUUAUAGCACCAGGUACCGACGUGCUCCGUUCAUGGUUACAGGCGCGCUGGAGAAGCUCAUGAGCACUCCGUUCAUGGGUUGGAGACAAGACAACUAG